AUGAGCAGAAACAGACACUCGCUGCAGGAGCCCGACGUCAAAGACUACCUGGUGAAGGGAGACCGCUUCACAAAAUGGAAAGAAGACUCCAAGAAAACCACACCGGUCACCAUGAAGAUGGACCCCAAAGGAUUUUACCUGUACUGGGUCAAUCAGAGCAAGGAAACCGAGUUUUUGGACGUGGCCACCAUCAGGGACACCAGAGCAGGGAAAUAUGCCAAAAUGCCCAAACAUCCUAAAGUUCGUAACGUCUUCAACAUGGAUUUCCCUGACAGUCAUCAUCUGGCCAAAGCGCUGACCAUUGUGACGGGUCCCGACACCGUCAACCUCACCUAUAACAACUUCUUUGCUGCUAAAGAAGUGGCCCAGAUGUGGGCUGAUGAUAUUCUGGCUAUAGCGUACAACACACUGAGAGCAAACUCCUGCAGACAGCUCUACCUGGACAAAGUGUAUGUUCGACUCACACUGCAGACCAACAAAGAUGGAAAAAUCCCUGUUAAGAAUAUUUUUAAGAUGUUUCCUGCAGACAAGAAGCGAGUGGAUGCUGCUCUGGCUGCUGCAAAUCUCCCAAGGGGAAAGUUUGACACCAUUAAGACUGAUGUCUUCACUGAAGCAGCGUUCAAGACCUUCAUAAUGAAUCUCUGUCCCAGACCUGAAAUCAAUGAUAUCUUCACGUCUUUGUGAGGAAAGGGUUUCAUGACGAAGGAGAUGUUUGCAAAGUUCCUGAAUGAAAAGCAACGAGACUCUCGUCUAAACGAGGAGCUGUUUCCUCCCAUGAGGCCCGAACAGGUGAAGAAUCUGAUCGAGAAAUACGAGCCGAGCUCCUCCAAUGCCAGCCGCAGUCAGAUUUCUCCAGAAGGGUUGAUGUUUUAUCUGAUGGGCUCUGAAACAUCAGUGGUGAAGCUGGACAAACUGGCCCAGAGUCACGAUAUGACCCAAACACUGUCCCAUUACUUCAUCAAGUCCUCACACAACACCUAUCUGACCGCCGGGCAGCUGACGGGCGUCUCGUCUCCUGAGAUGUACAGGCAGUGUCUGCUGGCCGGCUGCCGCUGUCUGGAGCUGGACUGCUGGAAGGGCAAACCUCCAGAUGAAGAGCCCAUCAUCACACACGGCUUCACCAUGACCACCGAGAUCCUCUUCAAGGACGUGAUUGAAGCCAUUGCUGAAAGCGCCUUCAAAACCUCCAAGUAUCCGGUUGUGCUUUCCUUCGAGAACCACGUGGAUUCUGUGAAACAGCAGGAGAAGAUGGCCAAUUAUUGCAGGACCAUUUUUGGAGACGCUCUGCUCAUCGACCUACUGGACAAAUACCCUCUGAAGCCGGGUCAGCCGAUCCCGAGUCCGUCUGAGCUGAUGGGGAAAAUACUGAUCAAGAAUAAGAAGAGCAGUGCAGCUCCCAGUAAAGCAGAGCCCAGCAAGAAACCAGCAAAUCAAGAGCAAACCAGUGAAUCUGCGGAGGGUUCUGAAGCUACCCAACCCACCGACACUAAUCAACCUACUCCAAACAACCCAGAAGGCACCGAUCCACCUGCAGCAACCGGCGGUGAGCCCUAAACUAAGGAUCGUGAAGAGCAUGAUGAUCACGAUGAACAGGAUGAGGAGAAGAUGAAGAACUCUGAUGAGGGAACGGCUGGACAGGAAGUGACAGCGUAUGAGGAGAUGUCGGCUCUCGUCAACUACGUUCAGCCCAACAAAUUCAUCUCAUUUGAGAAUGCAGCCAAGAAAAACAGGAGUUUCGUCAUCUCUUCAUUCGUGGAAACUAAAGGAGAGAGUCUGAUCGCGAAGAACGCUGUGGACUGGGUGGAGUAUAAUAAGAGGCAGUUGAGCCGCAUUUACCCUAAAGGAACUCGCGUGGACUCCUCAAACUACAGUCCGCAGCCCUUCUGGAGCGCCGGGUGCCAGUUUGUGGCCCUCAACUACCAGACUAUGGAUUUCCCCAUGCAGCUGAACAUGGCUGUGUUUGAGUUUAAUGGGAGAACCGGUUACCUCCUCAAACAUGACGUCAUGCGCCGCAAUGACAAAAAGUUUGAUCCGUUCACCGACAGGAUCGACACCAUCAUCGCCAGCACGCUCACUAUAAAGAUUUACUCUGGUCAGUUUCUGUCGGAUAAGGCUGUGAAAACCGGAGUGGAAGUGGAGCUCAUCGGUUUGCCCAAAGACCCCAAACGCAAAUAUCGCACAAAGAUGAGCAAUACAGCCAACGGCAUCAACCCGGACUGGAAUGAGGAGCCAUUCGUCUUCGAGAAGGUCUUGCUGCCAGAGAUGGCCUACCUCAGACUGGUCGUCCAGGAAGAAGGAGGAAAGUUUAUUGGUCACCGCAUCAUCCCUCUGGACGCUCUUCAAACCGGUUUUCAGCACAUUGGUUUGCGCAGUGAGAGUAACAUGCCGCUAAUGCUGCCGUCUGUGUUUGUGCACAUCGAGAUGAAGGACUACGUCCCUGCUGCCUUCGCUGAUUUCUCUGAUGCUCUUUUCAAUCCAGUGAAAACCUCAAAGCCACCAAAGACAGAGAGUUUGACAUACGUGUGUGAAUAUGAGUUACCUCUAGCUGAUGGAGGUCAGAAGGCUGUCACUGCUGCACCCGCCGCAGAACCGAAAGAAGCUGAAUCUGCAGAGACUCCAGCAGAGGGCGACGCUGCUCCUCCGGCUGAGCAAAACGCCCCUGAAAAACCUGAAGCUGAAACAAAACCAGAGGAGAAACCAGAGCCAGAACCAAAACCAGAGGAGAAACCAGAGCCAGAACCAAAACCAGAGGAGAAACCAGAGCCGGAAGCAAAACCUGAGCCAAAGCCAGAGGAAAAAACUGAAGCAGAGCCAGAACCCAAACCAGAGGAAAAAGUAGAAACAGAACCAACACCAGAAGAAACCCCUGAAGCUGUUGUUGAUGCUGCUGUAACUGAGACUAAAGAAUCCAGUGAGGAAAUCCCUGCUGAUCCAUCAGAUCCCAUCACUGUGAGCUGUGAAGAGCUGCAGCAGCACAAGAACUUCCUGAAGGUCACCAAGAAGCAGGAGAAAGACUUAAAAGACAUGGAGAAGAAGUUCCAGAAGAGACGAGAAGACCUCAUUCAGAAAUACAGCGACCAGUUCAAAGCCCUGAAGAAGAAGAACACCACCAAGAAAGCUGGAGCUGAAGGAUCAGAUCCAGCAGACCAGAUGAAUGAACUCAAGCAGAAGCUGAAGUCGGAGCUCCGAGCAGUGCUGGUGGAGCAACAUGAUCAGCUCAAGAAGAAGAAAGAACAACACAACACUGAGCGCUUGACCAAACUGCUGGAGACGGCCACUGAGAAACACUGCAGCGAGAUGAAGGCGCUCAGCAGUGAACCCAAAAAGAAGGACAAAAUGAAGAAGUGCAAGAGUACGGAGCAGUUGGACAACGACAGCACUCAGGCCUCAGAGAGCAGCAGUGCUGAAGGUUCUCCUCAGGAACAGACUCUGAAGAAGAAACAGGCCGCAACACUCGCCAAAAUCAGAGAACUCAUCAGCCAGCUGAAUAAAGACGCAGUGUCUGAACAUGCAAAGAAGAUGUGGUCUCUCCCCGGAGAUCUGUCUGAAGCUGUAAACUCCUGCGUUAAACCACACUUUCCAGAACAUGUGGAGAAAAACGGAGAAAACCGCUCUGAAAACAGCGGACAGUACAGCCAGGUCUUCGUGGGAUGAGUGUGUGUGUGUGUGUUAGGUUAUUUAGGUUAUGUUUAGAUUAUACAGUCCUCAAUAAGUAAGGCAGCAUAAAUCAUAUGUUUGUUGAUGUACACUUUAGUAAUAUGACAAUAAUAGUGGAUGAAAGGCAUCCAACAUUUUAGAUUUCACUCCAAAAUAAAAGGAAGAAAUUAAUUUAUUUUGGUAAAAAUAAAAGUAAGCAGGUUCUAGUUGAAGUAUACGACAAAAACAACGACAAAUGCAAGAAAAAUGCUCUUUAAUACUAUUAUUAUUAUUUUAAAUCUGGAAGAAAUGUUAAAAGACCAAAUUAUAAAAACAAAUAUUACCAUUUUACUUAAAGAGCCCCUAUUAUGCGUUCUAAAAGGUCAUAUUUUGGUUUGGGGGUCUCUAACAACAGGCUGAUAUGCAUGCAAAAGACCAAAAACACUUUCAUUUAGUGGUGGGCAGUGCGAGGCGUCAUGAUACACUGAAACAGUCGAAGCUUCGAAACAUUUCGUCUCUACAGUAUAUUUUUAUGUAUUAUUCUGGAACAGCUUCAGCAAGGAAACAUUAACGCAAAUUGAGGAUUUAUACUCCACAUUGUAGACUUGAGGUUACUAGUGAUUUAGUGGAGCGGUGAGAGUUCCAGACAGAUAUACUGUAAUGGCUUCCAAUCCAGGGUGGUGCAGCUAUAGAUGUUUGUUUUUAAAUGCUCUGUUCUUGUAACGUGUUUCGUUUUAAUAUUGCUCUGACAUCCAAAUGAACACUUUGUGAAUAAUUAAGUCUUGUUUUUGUCAUAAAAACAAUUAACAUUAAUAAAAUGAAUAUAAAAGUCUUAAUUUCAGAGAAUUUGAGGUCGGGAUUCGAACUCCAUGUGGAUUCGCGCUCCAUUCGAAGGCCAUUUUCUGCACUCUGAGCACAUGCGCAGUCCACUAGGCUACAUGAGGUUUUUUCUGACCCUCUCAAUCAAACAGAUUUUCCAGGUCUCGAAAUGCUUUUGAAAUGGCCGAUGCUUUAAAUUGGUUUGGUCAUGUGAGCUGGUGUUUCGAAUCACUUUAGUCACGUGACUCAGGUGUUUAGGAUCAUGCUUCGGUGCAGUGUUUUUGAAACGCUUGUGCUUCGGGAUCUGGACGCUGUGUCAGUUUCACAUCAGCCAUCCCUUCUUUCAUUGUCUUAUAAAAUGCAUUUAUUUUUACCUAAUUAUCCCAACGACUCCCAUAUGAUUUGUUCAGUGAUUCGUUUAUUCCCUACUGAUCUUUGCAUCAUGAUCAAUCUCAUGAUCCCCUGCGCUCCGCUAGUGUUUGAGGGGGAAAGGUGUGUUCACGUUUUACCGGAUCCAGCACUUAAUAUUUGCAGUCAACCUCGAUACGAAUAGGCAAAAGAUCCCAACACAAAACGAAUCAUUGAUUUGACUCUGAGUUGACUCUUUCUUUAAAGAAUCAAUAGCUUUAAACAUGGUUCACUUUUAGAUUUAAACCUCAGCUGGAUGUUUUCAUUUACUUAGUGCUGCGCUACACCCUGCAUGGAAGCUCAUUUUCAAAACCCCAUAAUAGGCGCUCUUUAAAU